AUGAUUGAUAAGAUUUUAUAUUCUGGACGAACACCUGUUACAGAGAACAUGAAUAUAGAGAGAACAGGAACAUCACAUAGUUCUGAGACCUACACCAAUAACGAAACUCUGAAUAUAUCCCAAGUGCAUUUUUACCAAAACCCAAACACUGAUGAAGAACAAUCUUCAUCCUAUCCGGUAGCACUUGUUCAACAAGAUGUAAGUAGCAUGGAGCUUAUGGCUAGAUGCGUCAACCAAGAAGUUAUGAUAUUGAGGUUAUGGAUCAGAACUUUGGGACUUAGAAUCCGUGCUGUUUUCGAAACGUUCUAUAAUAAUACUUUAAACGCCAGUAGGCGUCAUCUGCGUCGUAUGGUGCUAAGAUAUUCUUCUCUCGAACCUAUAACCUAUGAAGGAGAUGCGGCGAUGAUCUUUACUGAGGACACUCGCCAAAUUGAAGAGAAGAUCCCGAAAUAUUCAUUUAAUAACAUUGAAGAAAUUCUGACCACAGAUGACAAUGAAGAAGGAAUUAUCCAUAGGAAUCCUUAUUUGUUCCCAAAAUGGAGAAUGCUACCGCUUCGAGCCAAAUCGGAACCUGUUCUUCGUGAUGAUAUAAGCGAGUUCCAACUGUUCAAUAAGCCUUUAUCUGUUACUAUGACUUUGGAAGAUGACGAUGAUUUAAUGUCGAUCGGCAGUACCAGGACUGGAGUUGCCGAAACUUUACAAUCUAUGGAAGCGCAAGUUGCCAUGCUCACAAAACAAUUACAGUACUUUAUGAGUAUCAAGAAUAACGAAAAAGAUACAUCUCCAGAACGAUCAUCCAUGACAUCGGACGAUGAGGGAAAAGGAGGUUCUCUCUGCAGCCCAACUAUGGGUGGAAAAAUCAAAGUAAAAAGUGUCGACUCCCCUUUGAGAUCUAUCGCAGUCCCAACUACCAUAUUCAGCGCUCCUCCCCCACCCCCUCCAUUACCACCAAACUUGCUGAAGCCGGUUAAUCAAGAAAUUCUAAAGCCAAAAGUUGUCCAAGAGGCAGUAGAAAAAUUGAGAGAUGAAAACCGUAAUCCAGAUGGUCAAGAGGAGGAUAGAGAAGCCGUAGUGAGGCCGAGUGUGUCAGACUUGAGAACUGUAAGAUUAAAGAAAACAAAUACAGACAGGUCGCCGGGAGGCACACCACUACCUCGUGGUAGACGCAAUAGCUACAUCCCAAGCGCUGAUCUAGACCAGGGUGCUUUUCUCGGUGCUGCGUUGAGAGCCAAGUUCAGAACAAUGCAGGAAAAUAGUUCAUUUUCCGAGCAGGAAGAUGACAAUAGUUCGCUAUGGGUUGACGAGGAUGGUGACUCAUAA